UCGCCGCCGCCGCCGCGGAUCGACAAUGGUCUUCUCAACUCCGUCGUCGUCGUCGUCGCAGAGCGAGCACGCCCUUUUCAUCUUCACCCUAAUCAUCCUGUGGUACUCCUCCAACAUCGGCGUCCUCCUCCUCAACAAAUUCCUCCUCUCCAACUACGGCUUCGCCUUCCCGAUCUUCCUCACCAUGUGCCACAUGACCGCCUGCGCCCUCCUCAGCUACGUCUCCAUCCUCUUCCUCAAGGUCGUCCCUUUCCAGCGGAUCAAGUCCAGAUCUCAGCUCCUCCGCAUCUCCACCCUCAGCGUCGUCUUCUGCGCCUCCGUCGUCGGCGGAAACAUCUCCCUCCGCUACCUCCCCGUCUCCUUCAACCAGGCCGUUGGCGCCACCACCCCUUUCUUCACCGCCCUCUUCGCCUACCUCGUCACCCGGAAGAGCGAGGCUUGGGUUACCUAUGCUGCCCUCGUCCCCGUCGUUGCCGGCGUCGUCAUUGCCAGUGGGGGGGAACCGAGCUUCCAUUGGUACGGAUUCAUCAUGUGUAUAAGUGCAACUGCUGCGAGAGCCUUCAAGUCUGUUCUUCAGGGUGUUCUCCUUUCCUCAGAAGGGGAAAAACUGAACUCCAUGAAUCUGCUUCUUUAUAUGUCGCCAAUUGCUGUUCUGGUUCUGCUGCCGGCAACACUGGUGUUGGAGCCGAACGUGGUUGAUGUCACUCUAUCUCUUGCAACAAAACAUAGAUAUAUGUGGCUUCUUCUUUUGGUCAAUUCCUCAAUGGCCUAUGGAGCCAACUUGUUGAACUUUUUGGUGACUAAGCAUACAAGUGCUUUGACACUUCAGGUAUUAGGCAAUGCAAAAGGCGCGGUAGCAGUUGUGAUCUCAAUACUCAUAUUCCGAAAUCCCGUCACAUUUAUAGGAAUCGCUGGCUAUGCAAUGACAGUUGCGGGGGUCGUUGCAUACGGAGAAGCCAAGAGAAGGUACAAAUGACUUCCCACCCCUUCCAAGCGGCUUUUCCUAGCUUCUUCGUGAUGCCCACCCAUGCGUUUAAUUUCUAGAUUUAUUUAUUAAAUCAUUUUGUAAUGGAGGAGGGUUUAGGUUUAAAAGUGUUAAAAUUUUGAUGUUGUUGAUGGCUCUCAGAAAUUAUUUAAAUUUAUUAUUAUCAUGUCACCAUAGCACAUACAUACACACAUUAUAGAGAUUUAGUGAAAACGGUGAGGGAAGAGCUCUCAUUGGUGUAGUUUUGUUGUAUCCACUUUUCUAUACUUCUUGCAUAGUAUGCAGCACAUGUACUUAGACUCUGAUUGUGUGUUUCUUGUAACCAAGUACCCAAGUAUAUGAUAUGGAAGGAUUU